CACCACCGCUUUCUGAUUCCGACUUACGACCGCUGACCACCUUCUACCCUUCACGGCAUCACCAACAAUCCCUCUCCCACAAUAUCAAGCCAUUCCUGGCGCGGCAAGUCUGACACGUGACGGAAAGCGACAGCAUGGCAUUGCUAUUCAUGCUCCUUGCUCUUUGCGCCCUAUCCUCUUCGCUCUUUGGGCGCCCUCACCCACACCCAAGGCCGGAACGAUUCGUGCCAAAGCAUGGUCCAUCAAUCUCUCACUCUCACACGGACCCUGGCAAUCCUGAGCCUGGCACGGGCGGCACAGUGUCCAACCCUCCCGGAAUUCACACGGGAGGUCAUCUCCAGACGAAAGGCGGUAUGGGGGGAUCGGAGGAGGCUGGAACAUUCAUGAGAGUCACUUCCAAGACUGGCUUGUACGGUCCUAAUGGCCACCACUUGAUCUCGAAACUAGAUCGAAUCAAGCUCCCUCCCCAGAUGGACAUUGACGAAUUCACCGUUUUCUGGAUGGACCGCUGCUUCCAGAUGACACCACAUGGAGGCGGACUUGUCUGGCCCAAUUUUUGCGGCGUGGGUAAGAAGACUCACAUCGCAAAUUUUGCAGACGUCUCAUGCGUCCGCUUUGGAGCCGAGAGACGAUCCUACACUCAAGAAUUCAUCGAAGACUAUAGCAAACGUCUGGGGUUCAGUAGACCAAGCGACGAAGAGGUGACGGAGUGUCUCACAGUCGGAGAAGAAUACACGUCGUAGAUUUCUCGGUAGGACCUCACAGAGCGAGAAAUACAUAGGAGGCCACAUGAGCAUGAAGCAGCACAAUAGCUCG